UAAAUGCAACUUUAAAUCAAUAAAUAAGCUUUCUUUGAACUUUCUUUCUCACCUUCUAUAAAUACAUAAAACAAGCUGCAUGUUACAUUGCAUACAGUUCUGACAUACAAAAAUUGUAUAUAUAAAGAGAGUAAGAGUUUAUAAUUUAUGCUACAUUGACUUGGGAAUGGUAUACAAAAUGAUUAAUGUACCUGUUGAAGCUAAUUACCUUCAAAAACCAACAUUCUUGGUUUUAAUCCUUGUUUUAGGAUUGUUUCCUUGUUAUAUUCAUGGAUUCUCCUUUGAAUUCUAUGCAUUGUCGUGCCCGGGUGUCGAGUUUGUAGUUCGGGAUGCUGUAAGAUCAGCUGCUUCUACUGAUCCGACUGUUCCGGGAAAACUUCUUCGCUUGCUCUUCCAUGACUGCUUUGUCAACGGUUGUGAUGCAUCAGUACUAGUAGAAGGGGAUGGAACAGAGAAAGCAGAUCCUGCAAAUAAAUCUCUCGGAGGAUUUGAAGUAAUAGAGACGGCUAAAAGAGAGCUAGAAUUGUUCUGCCCUGGAACUGUUUCAUGUGCUGAUAUUCUUGCACUGGCUGCUAGAGAUGCUGUUGUCAUGGCUGGAGGGCCAGAUAUUCAGAUGCCGACUGGUAGGAAAGACGGAAUGGUUUCUAUGAUAUCGAAUGUCAGGCCUAACAUCGUUGACACGAGUUUCACGGUGGAUGAUAUGGCUAAGAUUUUCAGCUCUAAAGGAUUGAGUUUGACUGAUCUAGUCAUUUUAUCAGGUGCACACACCAUCGGGUCAGCACAUUGUAACGCUUUCAGUGACCGGUUUCAAGUUAGUUCAAAGGGCAACCUCACUUCUGUUGAUUCAUCACUAGACAAAGACUAUGCGGAAAAAUUAGCUAAAAAAUGUGCAUCAAGCACAUCAGAAACUGUUAACUUCGACCCCAAGACAGCCUUCUCAUUCGACAAUCAAUACUACAAAAAUCUCAUGGAGAAAAAAGGACUGCUCCAAACUGACUCAGUCCUGUUCAAUGACCAAAGAACAAAAAACUUGAUUGAGCAAUUUGCUAGUGACUUGAACAGUUUCUACGGAGGAUGGAGUGAAUCAUUUUUGAAGCUCAGCAGUAUAGGAGUUAAGACUGAUGGCGAAGGGGAGGUACGACAAAUUUGUUCAAGGAUAAAUGGAUGAGCAUGGAAGAUGAUAGUGAACUAUGGUGUGGCAAGAUAUUCAUUGAAGUGUUUCUUUAGCUCCAAUUUGAGCAUUUAGACUGUAUUUAUUGCAUAUAAAUUUUCUUUCUUAAAUACAAUAUUCCAGUUUAUUGUUUUCCUUCAAUAUAUUCACUUCUUUGUUCUUUCUAAAAAUGAUACCCUACAAGGGGCUACAACAAUUGCAGUUCAAUAAAUGAUGGAUAAAAGAGUAUAUAAUUGGAAAUUUUCAACUUUAGAUUACAUUGGAUUUAUAAAUUUUAAUCAUCAUUUACAACUAAUUCUAAUAAACAUUGUCUUCCAAACACACAAACUCCAUAAUUAUUACCAGACAAUCCCACCUUUAUAUGUGGCCUUAUUUCAUGUUGUAAUGUAUUCAUUUUUUUUUUUUUCCAUUUUUUAUGAAGAAGCUCAGUAGUCACUCCUCUGUGCUACAAUCUCAUUCAAGUCAAUAUUGUACUUUACUUAAAGGAGAAUCAUAGGCGAAAGAUAGUAUCCUACACGAAGCAUAAGGAACUCAACUCUAGGAUUCCUUGCUUUAUGCUGCUAGACUAGAUAACAAUUUUAAGGAUAAGGCUACAAAAAAUUUCUUUGCAGUUAUACAGAGAAGGUUGAGUAUAGUAGACACUCCCUCCCUAACCUUGCAUGAAAAACUAAAACCCUUUUUAGACACAUCAGGUUAACAGUACAGUGUACGCAGAUAAAAUUCUAAUAUAGGCACUUAUUACAGUUCAGAGAUGCCAAUCACAAUGAAUAAUGUUAUGUAACGAGGAAAGCUGAACAACUUCUAAUAUCCAUCACCAUCCACUAUAUGCUUCUA